UCCCGGGCGCGGCACGUGGAGCUGCUCCUGGUGGCCGACGCGUCGAUGCGGCGCACCUACGGCCGGGGUCUGCAGCACUACCUGCUGACCCUCGUGGCCAUCGCCUCGCGUCUCUACGGCCACGCCAGCCUCGAGAACCCCGUCCGCCUGGCCGUGGUGCAGGUCCUGGCGCCGGACGGGGACCGGGACCGGGACGGCGACGCGGAGCCGGAGCGGGACCCGGGACCCCCCGUCCACCGCAACGCGGCCGCCACGCUCAAAGCCUUCUGCAAGUGGCAGCACCGGCGGAGCCGGCAGGGCGGAGGCCGCGGGGGCCGCUACGACGCCGCCAUCCUCUUCACGAGGGAGGACCUGUGUGGCCACCACUCCUGCGACACCCUGGGCAUGGCGGACGUCGGGACGGUGUGCUCCCCCGAGCGCAGCUGCGCCGUCAUCGAGGACGACGGUCUCCACGCGGCCUUCACCGUGGCCCAUGAAAUCGGCCACCUGCUCGGCCUCUCCCACGACGACUCCAAGUUCUGCGAGGAAAACUUCGGCGCCACAGAAGACAAGCGCCUGAUGUCGUCCAUCCUGACGAGCAUAGACGCCUCGCGGCCGUGGUCCAAGUGUACGUCGGCCACCAUCACCGACUUCCUGGACGACGGCCACGGGAACUGCUUGCUGAACGUCCCCAAGAAGCAGAUCCCGGGGCCCGAGGAGCUUCCGGGCCAGACGUACGAUGCCAUCCGCCAGUGCCAGCUGGCCUUCGGGCCCGAGCACACCGUGUGCCCCGGCAUGGACGUCUGCGCCCGGCUGUGGUGCGCCGUCCUGCGUCAGGGCCAGGUGGUCUGCCUGACCAAGAAGCUGCCCGCUGUCGAGGGGACGCCCUGUGGCAAGGGGAGAAUUUGCCUGCAAGGCAAGUGUGUGGACAAAACCAAGAAAAAGUAUUACUCGGUCUCCAGUCACGGCAACUGGGGGUCGUGGGGGCCCUGGGGCCAGUGCUCCCGCUCCUGCGGGGGAGGGGUCCAGUUCUCCCACCGCCACUGCAACAACCCGGCCCCCCGAAACAACGGCCGCUACUGCACCGGCAAGAGGGCCCUCUACCGCUCCUGCAGCCUCACGCCGUGUCCCGAGGGUGGCAAAAGCUUUCGCCAGGAGCAGUGCGAAGCCAAGAACGGCUUCCAGUCGGACGCCAAGGGGCUGAAGACCUUCGUGGAGUGGGUACCCAAGUACGCGGGGGUGCUUCCGGCCGACGUCUGCAAGCUGACCUGUCGAGCUAAAGGGACCGGCUACUACGUGGUCUUCUCCCCAAAGGUGACGGACGGAACCGAGUGCCGGCCGUACAGCAGCUCGGUCUGCGUGCGGGGAAAAUGCGUGAGGACAGGCUGCGACGGGGUCAUCGGCUCCGCGCUGCAGUUCGACAGGUGCGGGGUGUGCGGAGGCGACAACUCCAGCUGCACUAAGGUCACCGGGACCUUCAAUAAGAGGAGCAAGGGGUACACGGACGUGGUCCGCAUCCCCGAGGGCGCCACCCACAUCAAGAUCCGCCAGUUCAAGGCCAAGGACCAGAGCCGCUUGACGGCCUACCUGGCCCUCAAGCGCAAGAGCGGCGAGUACCUGCUGAACGGCGGCUACGUCAUCUCCACGUCCGAGACCGUGGUGGACGCCCACGGCACCGCCCUCAACUACAGCGGCUGGAGCCACCGGGACGACUUCCUCCACGCCAUGGGCCACGCGGCCACCCGCGAGGUGCUGGUGGCCCAGAUCUUGGCCACCGACCCCACGCGGCCCGUGGACGUCCGCUACAGCUUCUUCGUGCCCAACCGGGCGGCCCCCGGGUCCAACGCCGUGCCCGGCCAGGGCGUCCCGCGCUGGGUGACCGGGCCCUGGCUCUCCUGCUCUCGGACGUGUGACCGGGGCUGGCAGUCCCGGACCGUGCAGUGCCAGGACGGGAGCAAGAAGUUGGCCAAGGGUUGCCUCCUGCCCCAGCGGCCUACCGCCUUCAAGCAGUGCCUGCUCAGGAAGUGCUGUCAGUGGCCGGACACCUACCACCCAACCUUCUACCACAUCUCCGGCUCUAGCACCUCCAUUUCCUCCGGGGGCUUUCGGGGCUUUCUCCCCCUGAACCUCAGACUCUCGCUUCUCUACAUCGACUUUAUCAUUAAGAAGAAGAAGAAGAAUCCCAUGCGCCCCCGCCCGCCGCCGCCGCCGCUGCUGCUGCGCACCGGCUGGCUGCUCGCCCUCCUGGGGGCCGGGGGCUCCCUCCGCCCGCCCCCCGACGGGACCCUGCUGGUGCCCGAGGUCCUGGCCGGCCCGGAGGGGAGCGGCCAGCGGCGGCUGCGGCUGGACGCCUCGGGGCGGCGGCUGGAGCUGACCCUGCGGCCGGACAGCAGCUUCCUGGCGCCCGGCUUCGCCCUGCGGCACCUCGGGGGGCCCCGGGCCCCGGGCCCCGUCGACCGGCUGGACGGCUGCUUCUACUCGGGCCGGGUGGAGGGCCACCGGGACUCGGCCGCGGCGCUCAGCCUGUGCGGGGGCGUGCGGGGCGCCUUCUCCCUGGCCGGGGACCACUUCACCAUCCAGCCCGUCGGGGCCGACUCGCGUCUCCACGUCCUGCGGCGACGGCCGCCCGGACCCCGAGGCCCCGAGUGCGGGGUGGCCGACCCCCGGACCCCGCCGCGGAGACCCGCUCCGCCCUCCGGGACCCGCCCGGAUCACGGCCACGCGGCCGGGCACGUCCGGAGAAAGCGCUUCGUGUCCAGCCACCGCUACGUGGAGACGCUGCUGGUGGCCGACCAGACGCUGGCGGACUUCCACGGCGAGGGGCUGCAGCACUACCUGCUGACCCUGUUCUCGGUGGCCGCCCGCCUCUACAAGCAGCCCAGCAUCCGCAACUCCAUCAGCCUGGUGGCCGUCAAGAUCCUGGUCGUCCACGACGCCCGGCAGGGGCCGGAGGUCACCUCCAACGCGGCCAUGACCCUGAAGAACUUCUGCAGCUGGCAGGCCCGGCACAACCAGCCCAACGACCGCCACCCGGAGCACUACGACACCGCCAUCCUCUUCACCAGACAGGACCUGUGCGGGGCCCAGACCUGCGACACCCUGGGCAUGGCGGACGUGGGCACCAUGUGCGACCCCAGCCGCAGCUGCUCCGUCAUCGAGGACGACGGCCUGCAGGCCGCCUUCACCACCGCCCACGAGCUAGGUCACGUGUUCAACAUGCCGCACGACGAGGCCAAGCAGUGCGCCGGCAUGAACAGCGGCUCCAGCCGCGGCUCCCACAUGAUGGCGGCGAUGCUGUCCAGCCUGGACCGCGGUCGGCCCUGGUCGCCCUGCAGCGCCUACACCGUCACCUCCUUCCUGGACAACGGCCACGGGGAGUGCUUGCUGGACAAGCCCCAGAAGCCUCUACGCCUGCCGUCCGACCUCCCGGGCACGCUGUACGACGCCCACCGCCAGUGCCAGUUCACGUUCGGCGAGGAGUCCCUGCACUGCCCCGACGAGGGCAGCACGUGCGCCACGCUGUGGUGUACGGGCACCUCGGGCGGCGGCCUGCUCGUCUGCCAGACCAAGCACUUCCCCUGGGCCGACGGCACCAGCUGCGGCCCCGGAAAAUGGUGCCUCAACAGCAAGUGCGUGGACAGGCCCGACGGCGAGCAGCGCAGUGCACCGGUGCACGGCGGCUGGGGGGCCUGGGGCCCGUGGGGAGAGUGUUCCAGGACCUGCGGCGGGGGCGUCCAGUACACCUUCCGGGAGUGCGACCGCCCCGUCCCCCGCAACGGCGGAAAGUACUGCGAGGGACGGUGGGUUCAGUAUCGCUCCUGCAACCUCCAGGACUGCCCGGAUCACGGGGGGAAGACGUUCCGGGAAGAGCAGUGUGAAGCCCACAACGACCUGUCCAAGUCCCCCUUCGGGGGCGGGCCCGCGGUCGAGUGGACCCCCAAGUUCGCCGGAGUGUCCCCCAAGGACCGAUGCAAGCUGGUGUGUCGAGCUAAGGGCACCGGCUACUUCUUCGUUCUGCAGCCCAAGGUGGUGGACGGCACUCCGUGCAGCCCCGACUCCACUUCGGUCUGCGUGAGGGGCCAGUGCAUCAAGGCCGGCUGCGACCGCGUCAUCGGCUCCAGCAAGAAGUUCGACAAAUGCGGCAUCUGCGGGGGCAGUGGGUCCACCUGCAAGAAAGUGUCCGGCUCGCUGACCAACGCCAAGCCCGGCUACCAGGACGUGGUGACCAUCCCGGCGGGGGCCACCAACAUCGAGGUGAAGCAGAGGAACCCGCACGGCUCCCGCACCCACGGGAGCUUCCUGGCCCUGAAGGCGGCCGACGGCACCUACGUCCUCAACGGCGACUACACGCUGUCCACCCUGGAGCAGGACCUGACCUACCGCGGGAGCGUCCUCCUCUACAGCGGCUCCUCGGCCGCCCUGGAGCGCCUCCGCAGCUUCAGCCCCCUCAAGGAGCCCCUCACCGUCCAGGUGCUGACCGUGGGCGACGGCCCGCGGCCCAAGAUCAAGUUCAGCUACUUCGUCCAGCGCAAGAAGAAGGAGUCGUUCAACGCCAUCCCCACGCAGUCCGAGUGGGUGAUCGAGGAGUGGGGGGAGUGCUCGGUCACCUGCGGGACGGGCAGCCGCCGCCGGCCCGUGGCCUGCCGCGACCUCCGCGGCCGCCCCUCCUCGGACUGCCCGGCCGAGCUGAGGCCCGCGGCCGUCCGGCCCUGCGCCGCCGCCCCCUGCCCGCGCUGGCGCCUCGGGGACUGGUCGCCCUGCUCCGCGUCCUGCGGCCGCGGCUUCCGCAAGCGGGUGGCCCGCUGCCUCUCCCCGGAGGGCGCCGAGCUGGCGCGGGAGAGCUGCGACCUCGCCCGGAGGCCCGGGCACCUCCUCGACCUCUGCUCGGCCCCGGACUGCGGCUAGGGCGAGGCCGGUCGGGGCUCACCUACCUCACGGACACGGGGAGGGUGACCGCGGCAACCGUGGCGUCCGCCGGGACGCCCGCCCUAGCCGCCCUGGCGCGUGCGGCCUCGACCCCCCCCCGCCCCCCCUCCGGCCGCCGCGGUGCCCGCGGGCGUCCCCGGGGGCGCCGGACCGGGGCCGACCGCCGGACCCCCGCUGACCCCCCCCCCGGCGGGCUCGCCGACUACGGGUCCGCGCCGACCGCCGUCCUCGGGGGCGCCUACCGCGCCCGCCGCAACCACGGUACCGGCCGAGGUCGGCGGCACCCCGCCUCUCCCGAACGCGGGCGCCCUCGGGGAGGGGGCCGGGACCGGGGGGGGGGCGGGGGAUUCUCUCGGCAGCGGCGGUCCCGGCUGGGGGCCAGCGGGUCCACUCCCGGCCGGGCGACGUCCGGCCCCCGCCCGCGCGGAGGCCGACGCGCACCUCUAGGUCGGGGGCCGUACUUUAUAAGUAUUCAGCGACCACCCUUUUCCUUCCACGAAGGAUCGUAUUUGUCAUAAUGAAUGCAUAUAAUGAACCUAUUUAUUUUUAUACUUCUUGUCUGACGUGAUCCUCUAAGUUAUCACUUUUUUUUUUAAAUGGGCAUAUACUGAGAAUAGAGUAUUUAUACCGGCUAUGUUACUAGAAGUAAUAAAAGGACACUAUGGACUUGGGAAUGUCA